AUGCCUCCUUUAUCUGUGAUAUUGAUAUUGGUAUUAUUCUCUAUUGGUUCAUAUUCGUGUUGGAAUCUAAUCUAUUGGAAGGAUAUCAAUAAAGAUGAUAGUAAGAGACGUGAGAGUAAUAAACAAAUGGUUAUCAGCACUUGGUCAGCGAAAGCCUUCCAACUAGCUACAGCCAGGGCAUGGAAAACGUUGAAAGAAACCGAUAAUCGCAUUGAAGCACUGUUAGAUGGUUUGAGUGAAUGUGAACAACUGCAGUGUGAUGGUACUGUCGGAUACGGUGGAUCACCAGAUGACACGGGCGAAACGCGUCUUGAUGCUUUGAUUUUUGAUGGACCUGGACAUACAAUGGGUGCUGUUGGAUCGCUGCGUCGAAUUCGAUCAGCAGCCCGAGUAGCAUAUGCAGUUAUGAAAUACUCAAAACAUUCAUUUCUAGUCGGAGAAGCUGGUAUGUAUAUAUUUCGCAACGUGUUACCGAAUCCACUUACAAGCUGUGGGCCAUAUAAACCAAACGAAGAGUGCUCUGAUUAUGAUGAAGUCUCUGAAAGAGUUGUUCAACUAAGUCAUGAUACAAUUGGUAUGAUUGUCGUUGACAGUGAAAUGAAUAUUUCUGCUGGAACGUCAACCAAUGGUGCUAUACACAAAAUUGCUGGUCGUAUUGGUGAUUCACCGAUUCCUGGUGCAGGUGCUUAUGUGGAUAAUGAGAUUGGAGCAGCAGCCGCAACAGGCGAUGGCGACAUUUUAAUGCGAUUUCUUCCAUCUUAUCAAGCCGUGGAGGGAAUGCGUAGUGGGCUGGAUGUGAAGAAAUCAGUUGAGAUGUCGAUUACGCGCAUUACGCGGAUAUAUCCGAACUUUUCGGGUGCAGUGAUUGCAGUUGAUAAAAAUGGUAAUCAUUCGGCGGCAUGUCAUGGAAUGUCCUCGUUUGGCUACUCGAUUUGUGAUGAUUCACAGUCAGAUCAUGCUCGUGUCAUUUUUAUCGAUUGUAUUUGA